AGCGUGUCGAGCGUGGUCGCGAUGGCCGAGGAGCGCUUCGGACGCAUCGACUACCUCGUCAAUAGCGCCGGCAUUGGCAUCAGGGAGCAUCGCCCGGUCGACCAAGUGGAUGCAGUCGAGAUGAGCCGGUUCUGGCAGGUCAACAUUAUCGGCACCGUCAACUGCAUCCAGGCCGUCGCGGCGGUCAUGAAAAAACAGAGCAUCGCGACCAUGACCAUCAGGGGAUCGGAACGGUCCGUGGGCCGCGGCGUCAUUCUGAACUUGGGGUCCGCCAACUCUUACAUGGCCACUCCAGACGUGACUCCUUAUGUGACGACCAAACAUGCCGUCAUCGGUCUCACCAAGAAUGCAGCUCUAGAUCUAGCGCAGCACGACAUCCGGGUGGUAGCCAUUUGUCCCGGCUGGACGAGGACACCCAUGGUGCAGGAAGCCAUGGACGGCAACCCGAAGCUACCCGCUAUGAUGAGCUCUGUCAUCCCGAUGCGCCGGAUCGCAUCGCCAGAAGAGAUCGCAGACGUCAUACUGUUCAUGACCAGCCCGGGUGCGAGUUACGUCACGGGCGUUGGCUGGAUUGUCGACGGUGGCUUGACGCUGCAGGUACAGACUUGCUAA